AGGAAUUCAGGGGAGGAGCCAUGCUGUGCUGAGAGCACCUUGCCCCAAGCCAAUCUUAGCCUCUACUACAGAGACAGCACAAGUUACCUAAACAAUUGAGCUCAGCAGAGAUGGCAGCUGCUAAGCAGCCUGCUGCGAGUAAGAACCACACAGCCCCAUGGAUGUGCAGAUGCAGUGAGAAAUAAUCCUAACCAACAAGCAGAUCCUGUUUCCCCCCCUAAGCACCAGCUGGGACAUUCAUCAACACCUUGAACUGACAAGACUUUGUCUUCUAUGAACCAACAUGGAAAGCAAUCUGAAAAAUGUUCUGAUCAUUUCUUUUGGAUUUUUACUUCUAUUUAUUGCAUAUGGAGGGCUCCAGAGUCUGCAGAGCAGUCUCCACUCUGAAGAAGGCCUUGGUGUUGCCUCACUAAGUGUUAUCUAUGCAGCUCUCAUCCUCUCUUCCAUGUUUCUCCCUCCAAUCCUCAUUAAGAGACUGGGCUGCAAGUGGACCAUUGCAGGCUCCAUGUGCUGUUACAUCGCAUACUCUUUGGGCAACUUCUAUGCCAGCUGGUACACGCUAAUCCCUACCUCCAUGAUCCUGGGACUUGGGGGAGCCCCUCUCUGGUCUGCUAAAUGCACCUAUCUCACAAUAGCUGGCAAUUCAUAUGGCCAAAAGGCAGGAAAAAUUGGAAGAGAUGUCAUCAAUCAGUAUUUUGGGAUCUUCUUUCUAAUAUUCCAUUCUUCUGGAGCCUUGGGAAAUCUUAUCUCAUCUUUGAUAUUUGGCCAGACUAAUACCAAAGUGGAAGUCUCCAAAGAAGAUCUGAUGUGUUGCGGAGCAUAUGACUGCAUGACAAAUGCUACAGCUAACAUCUCUGUGUCGAGUGGGCCAACCAAGACCUUAAUCUAUACCUUGCUGGGCAUCUACACUGGUAGUGGUGUGCUAGCUGUGCUGCUGAUUGUUAUAUUUCUGGAUCAAAUCAAAGACAGCCAAAAAGAGAGUGAGACAGAAAAGAUGCAGGCACAGUCCUUUUGGUCCACAUUCCUUGCAACUUUUCGGCAUCUUAAAGAUAAGCGACAGUGUUUCCUAAUCCCUCUGACGAUGUACAGUGGGUUUGAACAGGCAUUCCUUGCUGGUGACUAUACAAAGUCUUAUGUGACUUGUGCCCUGGGGAUACAUUAUGUUGGUUAUGUGAUGAUCUCCUUUUCAGUUACAAAUUCACUCUGCUCUCUGCUCUUCGGAAAGAUUUCUCAGUUUACUGGCAGAAAAGCCCUAUUUGCAUUAGCCUCGAUUACAAACCUUGCCUGCAUAAUACCACUACUGCUAUGGAAACCUCACCCAAACCAACUUGCUGUAUUCUUCAUAUUCCCUGCUUUGUGGGGCUUUGCUGAUGCUAUCUGGCAAACACAGACCAAUGCACUCUAUGGUGUUUUAUUUGAGAAGCACAAAGAGGCAGCCUUUGCUAAUUAUCGACUCUGGGAGUCAUUGGGAUUUGUCAUAGCCUUUGGAUAUAGCACCUUCUUACAUGUUUACAUCAAACUGUACAUCGUGCUGGCUGUACUGGUGGUGGCCAUGGUGAUGUAUGGGGUAGUUGAAUACCAGGAAGCAAAGGACUUGCCUAGGACACGUACCACUGUAAAGGUGGAAAUAACAGGAUCUGCAGCCCAGCAAACAAGCCUGUAACCUGAUCGGAUCAAAGAGAUGUACACAAAGAAUGCUGGUCAGUUCAGCACAACUGAUUUCUUUAAGGGAUCUUCAGAGUGUUCAAUCAGAUUUUAGAAGAAUAUGAAGUAACUGCUUUCUGAGUCAGUCCAAUAUAAAGAAAUCGGAAUACAUCUCUAUUCCUACUUCUGUUUUAAAAAAAGAAGAUUGUCUGAUAUUGCCAUGUCUCUCAAACUCUUACUAAUACUGACCAAUUAUAUUUUUAAUUGUAUUGGAUGUUUUUAUGAAGAAAUGUUUAUUAAACAUAACAAAGGACCCUUGUAUCCUAUAGAAUAAU